AGCAAGAGUGAUACAGUAGACCCCGGAGCAAUGCCUCGUUCUUUCUUGGUGAAGCGUGGUGGGCUGCACCAUCUUCGUCACGUGGCAAGAAGCCCCAGCCCUGGAGCCACUGCAGUAAUGUUCAGUGAGCUGGAAAAAAGGGCGGGAGCCUGGGACGCAUCCCUGGAGUACACCAAACCGAAGACAAACUGUGAUAAUGCAAUUGCCACUGUGUUAUUACAGCAGGACUUAAAGUUCUGUAGUGAAAAUGGGAGCCGUCACCCAUUCAGUCCUCAAUCAUACGACCACAGUUCUGCUGAGCCCUGCAGUCCUGUCAACGCAAAUAUUUUUAGCCAAGUGGAGAAAGUCGUUUCUCAGCCUCCCAAACCAGAAGUAUUGUCGAGUCUUCAGGUGAGGUCCGCAUAUCCAGACAAACUGUCCGGACUGCAUGAGUUGGAGCACCAUCAGAUCCUGAGAGAGACCAGGAGCAGCGCUCCGAGGCAGGAGUGCCUACUCUGUGGAAAGAUAUUUUCAUGUCUGUCAAGUCUGAAAACUCACAUAUGUAAGAGUCACAGAGGCAGAGCUCGUAUGUCAGUGGCACACAUCAAGUCCGGCAGGGCUGGUAAUGAGCAGGCACCUUGCAGGGGGAAGGAGCGGACAUUCAGCUGUACGGUGUGUGGAAAAGUGUUCAAGCGUUCCUCCACCCUCUCCACUCACCUCCUCAUUCAUUCAGACACCCGGCCCUAUCCCUGCCAGUACUGCGGCAAACGCUUCCACCAGAAGUCUGACAUGAAGAAACACACCUUCAUCCACACCGGGGAGAAGCCCCAUGUGUGUCAGAUAUGUGGCAAAGCAUUCAGCCAGAGCUCCAACCUCAUCACCCACAGCCGAAAGCACAGGGAUGACAGGCCCUACCGCUGCCCACGAUGCCUUUACAGCUUCCAGCACAAAGUGGACCUGCGGCAGCACCAGGAGCAACACUGCGCCUACCGCUGAUUCUGCCCCACUCAAGACUUUAACCUUCUCAAUGAAGAGGAACAGGAACCGGGACCUAAAUCUCUGACUGUGUUGUUCCCAAGACAGCGUUUAAUAUUUCAUGCAAAGCUAUGUACAGUGUUGGAGGUAUAUUAUAUACCACAGGCAUUGUGGUAGGGUGUGUUGAGUCUCAGCGGUGUAGUGAAAUGACUUUAUUUAUGUGAAGGAAAGUACAAAAAACGGUACUGGUUACAACAAUACUUUAAUAAUUUAAAUUGUGAAUGCAAAAUACAUCCUCAGUCAGUGCAUUUGAUUUAACU